UAUGUCGGAAGGCGUGGGCGGCGUGGGUAAAGGAACCUCGUCAAGACAGGUACAGAGGAACCGCAAGAGACGCGUUGAUUCACACUUGCGCGACAUAUAUGCCACAACAGAAUCAGCGGACAGUUCUGCGUGUGAAACAUCUGUACACGCAGACGCAAAACGUUCCCCAGCAUGUCACCAGGGCUUACAUUGCUCGGACGGGGCCGCCACCACCGAAACCUACCAGGGGGAUGACGGAUCAGCUGAAAGGGCGCAGGGUACACAACGCACUAACCUACUGUGCAGUACGAGUGACAGCGAAUACGACGUCAGAGACUGGGAGGAAAAUUCAGUGAGCUGCUCCAGCACUGACUGUGAAGAUGCAAGACGGGAUGCUGAAAGAAAUAUGCCUUCUGAAACGAACUUUGGAACUGCCAGCAUCUUUAGCAGCCCAGAGGCCACAACUUUGGCUGCACAGCUUGCUCUCUGGGCUGUACAAGCUAGGAUCCCACUUCAACAUCUUUCAAGUCUACUCUGCAUACUGUGCCAGUAUCAAUCUGACUUGCCCCGUGAUGCACGGACAUUAUUAUCGACACCAAGAAAUGGCAAAACUGACUCCUUGUGUGGUGGCGAAUUUGUGUACCUUGGCAUUUUGAACAGCAUUAAAAGGCUACUCAAUGGCGGCUUGCCAUUCUCCUCGCAAGCAUUGAAUUUACAAAUAAAUGUCGACGGCUUGCCAUUGUACCACAGUCAGAACACAUGUUUCUGGCCUAUUCUUGUAGCUGUUCAAGAAUGCAUACACGUUGUGAGUGAGCUAAACAGCCAGUUACUCUGCUUUGACGUUCACUCCAUCAAGUGCAAAGUUGUUCGCUUUCCACUAGGCAAAGGCUUCUUGGUGGUUCCUCUACUUCACACUGCAUGA